AUGGAUACAAGGAUUCAAGAUGUGGAAAAUGCGACAGAGUUUAUGGAAAAUGAAAUGAGGGAAAUGGAGGAAGAAAUUCAAAACAUUCAAGCAACAAAGGCGAGCUAUGAAUAUGUUAAUAAGCUGAGAAGAGAUGUAGUAGAUCUAGUCAACCGUAGCAAGCAAAACAACGUGAUCCUACAUGGGAUUCCUGAAGGGGUAGAAGGCGCACCGAGCAAUUGCAUAACAUUUGCACGUGACUUCUUCAGGAAACAUCUUGAAGCAGACAGUUUCUGGGAUGAUGGCAGACGUCUGAUGCGGGUUUAUCAUGAUCACAUAGCCAUUCCUGUUAAUACUCGGUGUACAGAGACAUUGCUGAAUAGAGAUGGAUUGGAAGGAAAGGUUUCAUUUCUUAAUGCAUCAGAUAGUAACAGUGAAGCUAAUGAAACAUUGAAGACAGGAGCACACCAGUCUCUUCUGAAGAGAGAUGGAUUGGAAGGAAAGGUAUCAUUUCUCAAUGCAUCAAAUAGUAACAGUGAAGCUAAUGAAACAUUGAAGGCAGGAGCACACCGAUCUCUCUUGAAGCCAUCCUCAUUUAUAGAGAGUGGUGUAAAAUCAGGUCUUCGAACGCAAGGUAGUUCACCAUUCUGCAGUAGUUCCCAAGAGAAAGAACAGUCUACCACUCUGUUAUGUGUAACACCUGUUGGACAUACACAUGUGUCAGAGACUGGUAGCAGAACCCUUCUUCAUUCAACCUCUAAUAAGUAUACAAGUGAGCUAUCAUGUCAGAAUGGUGGUUUUCACCACUCUCCCACCAACCCAUCUGGACAUCCACCUGUAUUAUGGAAUGGGAAAAUAUUCAACAUGGAAGCAAAGCUGGUCUGCAUGUAUUUAUCACCCUCAAAGAAAACUAAAAUCACCUCUCCUUACGAUAGACUGAAAGUGAUGAUAGAAGGAUGGAUCAAAGAAAGAAGGAUAGAUUGGAAAGAGGAGUUAAGAGAUGAGAUUCCUAGGAAUUGGGAGAGACAUGGAGAUUUAGUGUUAUUACCAUCGUCAUCCUUCAGAGAUCAAGCAUGGGAUAAUGUGCGAGACUUCUGGUCGUUGGUAGCCAAGGCUUUAAACUGUACAAGGAUUGCCAAGAGAGGCCGAAUUCAAUCUGAUGACUUUCGAUCUCCGCACACAGAGAUGGUUUUAGGAUCAGACCCAAUGGUUGAACACAGAGAUAAUGGAAUCAGCUAUUCCUUUGACAUACGUUAUAGCAUGUUUUCUUCUGGUAACAUCACUGAAAAGCUCAGAGUGUCUCAUAUCGAUUGCUCCAAUGAGACAGUUGUUGAUUUAUAUGCAGGUAUAGGCUACUUCACACUGCCAUACUUGGUACAUGCCAAAGCUAAACUACUCUAUGCAUGUGAAUGGAAUCCUCAUGCUGUAAAUGCAUUGCAAAGAAACCUAGAGCUGAACAGUGUGAACGAGAGAUGUAUAGUGCUAGAGGGAGAUAAUAGGAAGGUAUGUCCAGUAGGUGUUGCUAACAGAGUAAACCUUGGGCUUAUACCAUCCUCAGAGCAGGGGUGGCCAGUGGCCUGUGCUGCAUUGAGCCCUAUUACUGGAGGUAUACUGCACAUCCAUGGUAAUGUGGAUUCCUACCCCCACCAGGAAUGGAAUAAUCCAAGCAGUAAGAAGGAUGAUAGCUAUCCGUCAGUGGGUUGCUUUUUGGAUGAUUCAGAAGUCACAUCUAAUCAUUGUCAGCCUGUAGCACAAAGGAGGAUUCAAGACACUGUGCUUCCUGAGAACAAGACAUGCCAAGACUGGGAGAUUGGUAACACUUCUCAGAGUGAAAUAUUCGAGAAUGGUAACACUUCUUGGAGUGUAUCAGGAAGUAAGGUAUCAGAGAGUGGUAACACAUCUCAUAGUGUAUCUGGUAGUAAGGUAUCAGAGAGUGGUAACACUUCUCAGAAUGAAUCGGGUAGUAUAAAUGUAGAGACCGGUAACAUUUCUCAUAGCAAAACUAAUGGAUUACAUCCCACAUGUUUAUUCAACAAGAAAGUAGCAUCUAGUUGUUCCCAUUACAAGCAAGCUAAAUGGAUUGAAUGGGGUAGUGAUGUAGCUAGGCAGAUUAGAGGUCUUCUCCAUGAUCUACAUGGUAGUCAUUGGAAUGUGGAGAUGGUGCACAUUGAGCAUGUCAAGUCUUAUGCACCUCAUAUUGAUCACUUGGUUUUGGAUAUUGAAUGUCGGCUGGUCUUAUGACAUUUACACUAGUAGCCUAUAUUAUUUUGAAGUUAAAAGAAUCAAAUCAGAGAACAUUAUAUUUUUUUAUUUACCUCUUUAAUAAAAACCUUGCGAAGUUUGGUUGGUUGGUUACUUUCACCUUCAACAAACUGUUUAGGCCUUUGCCCCGGAUUGCCAAGAGAGGGCUCAUUUGUAUUCAUGUCAACAUUGAUGCUUACUAUGUUUAUUGCAUUUCUGGAAAUGAAGCAAGAUGAAGUAAAAGGGAACUCAUCAAAGUAAAGCACUUGAAAGAAUGUCAUUGAAAAAAUAGGAUAGAGAUAGAGAUAGAGAAAAUGUCUAUAACCAAUCUUUGUACAGAUUAAGAUAAAUAAAAUAAAUUCCACCUGCUACUGAAUCAGGUAUUGAAUAAGAUUGGUGGUCUGGGUAAACUUGAGGAAAAUUGUUUAUUGCUCUCCUUAACUUCUAGAAUUCACCCGUUUUUUUUUUCUUUUUCUUUCCUUUGCUGAAUGAUUUUCUUUGAAAAGUCAUCACUGACAUAGAUCUAGCUUUGUUUGAAUGGUUCAGAUACGCUUUUCGUACCCGUUCCUUGGUAGGGUACGAAAAGAAGGCUACGUAAAUCAUGCUUGUAGGUGACUUCGUCUGAUUCUGACUGGCACUAAGAGGAGAGCUAUGGGUUGGAUGAUUAUUAUUAUUAUUUCAGUCUUAUUUAAAAAAGACAGGGUAAUCCUUUCAGAGCCAAGAGGCCUGCUUUUCAAAAGAGCCUUGUUACAUGAAUAUUUCAUAUAAAUGAGAACUUGUGAUGUCUGUCAAUCUUGAAAUCCUGCUUGUCUAGGCCAACUUUCCCUGUCUUCCACUACUUUAUGACAAGUCUCCCUCUCACUAGCGUAGCUACGGGGGGGGGGGGGGACCUGUUUUGCCCCCCCCCCUGACGAACUUGAAGACCUUGGAUUUUGGAUUAGUGUUAUGUCAGUUUGUCCAAUUAUAUUGUGGCAUUACUUUCCACAACUAUGGCAAGGAUCAUCCCUUACAAUGGUGUUGUGGAGCUUGAUUUGUUCCUGUCAGUCCUGUAAUAG